AUGGCGCCAACGAGACCGUCGAAGAAGGCAAAAGCCAAGAACCGAAGCCACCCCAAAAAGUCGACACCAGCAUCCACGAAACCAGCAAAACAGCUCCUCGCCGAAGCGACCGCACUCCUCGAGCAGGGCGAUGCGCCGGGCGCAGUAACCACCGCGCGACAGGCCCUCGACGCGGCCCUCGAGAACGACGACACGCGCGCGUGCGCGGCACACAUGCUGCUGGGCGAGAUCAACGUAGAACUAGGCGAGAUCGACACAGCGAGGGGACACUUCCUCGACGCCGCGCGGCUGGACGAGGACGGCUCGCUGGCCGAGGAGCUGGGCGGCGGGCCGGAGAAGUUCAACUGGCUGGCGCAGCUGUCGGAGGAGGGCGGUGCCGACUCGGUGCGGUGGUUCGAGCGGGCUGCGGCGUGCCUGCGGGCGCAGAUCCAGGCGCUCGACGACGCGGCGGCCGAGGCGCGGCGGAAGGGCAGCGCGCGGGGCACGGCGGAGCGGGAGAUAGAGGCGGCGGCCACGGAGAAGAAGCACAAGCUGUCCGAGACGCUGUGCGCCGUCGCCGAGGUGUACAUGACGGACCUGUCGUGGGAGGAGGACGCGGAGGCGCGGUGCGAGGCGCUCAUCACCGAGGCCACGAUGCUGGCGCCCGAGCUGCCCGAUGCGUGGCAGACGGUCGCGAACGUGAGGGUCAGCCAGAGCAGGACGGACGAUGCGGUGGCGGCGCUGGAGAGGAGCAUGGCGCUGUGGACGGACUUGGAGCCCGAGGACCCCGGGGUGCCUCCGUUCCCGUCCAGGGUAAGCCUCACCAGGCUGUUGAUUGAGUGCGACUUGCAACAAAAAGCGGUGGACGUGUGCGAGAGGCUGGUGUUGGACGACGACGGAAGUGUGGAGGCCUGGUAUCUAGGAGGGAUGGCACAUUACACUCUGGGCGAGAAGGACAAAUCGGAAGCGAGCGACACAAGGAACGGUGACAAUACCUCAGAAGCAAAGGAUGGCUGGAAGAAGGAGUGGGUCAGAGCGCGGCAGUGGUUGUCACAAUGUCUGCUAUUAUUCGAGGCUCAAGAGUACGAGGACGAGAGGCUGGGAGAGCACGCCAAGGAGUUGCUCUCUACGGUCAACGCAGAGGUGGGUGAUCUCCCGGACGAGGAGGAUGAAGAUGAAGACGGUGCUGGCUGGGAGGAUGUGGAUGAAGACGGCGACGAAGAUCACGAGAUGGACCAAUCUUGA